AUGAAAGCCCUCCAGACGGAGGCCGACGAAGCGCAAACCGAAGUGGAAAAGCUCACGGCAAAAAUCCAAGAGCUAGAGCAGGAUAAUCAAAGCAAGGAUGAAGAGAUUGCUGCGCUCUCCACCCGCCACCAAGAGCUCGAGGAGCAGGUGGAAGAGACGGAGAAGCUAGUCCGCGAGGUGAAAAAGCUACUCAACGAGGAUGAUAUCCAGGCUGGCCAUUAUGAACGCCGUGCCCAGGCGCUCCAGGCCGAUAGCGACAAAUGGGAGGCCAAGUAUAAUGACAUGGCCGCUAAACAUGCCGAGCUUCAGAAGAAUCUGGAUAGCUUGCUUAGCGAGAUGGGUGAGGUAUAA